UAGUAGUUCAUUUGGCCAGAAGCCUGCCUUUGUCACGUUGCUCUCUUCGGAAACUAUAUAGCUUUGGUUCUUUGGUUCAUUCUCUUCUUCCUAGGAUAUAUAUCUAUAUGCCCAGAAAAUAAUUGCCACAGAAGCGAAGCAACGAGCACAGGUCAACUUAGUACAGGCGAGGCAGAUUUGGACAGAGAGUAGCUUACAAUAGGGACCCAUCUAGUGUUGGCAGAAACGCUCGUGCACCGGCCAGCAUGGACGCCGCCGCGAGGGAACAGCAGGGCGGUGUGGAAUGGCGGGUGACGGUGCCGGAGGGCGCGUCGGUGGCGGUGGAGCACGAGGCCGGCGCCGCUGGGAGGGCGUGGGCGUGGGUGGUGGCCUGCGCGGUCGCGCUCAGGGCGGCGGUGGCCGGGUUCGCCGGGAAGGUGUGGAAGAUCGGCGCCGACGAUCCCCGGAGGGCGGUGCACGGGCUCAAGGUCGGCCUAGCGCUCACCCUCGUCUCCGUCGUCUACUACGCCAGGCCCGUGUACGACGGCGUCGGCGGCAAUGCCAUGUGGGCCGUCAUGACGGUCGUCGUGGUCUUCGAGUACACCGUCGGUGGAUGCAUGUACAAGGGAUUCAACAGAGCGGUGGCGACGGCGAGCGCCGGCCUGCUCGCGCUCGGCGUGAACUGGGUGGCGGACAAAUCCGGCGACAAGCUCGAGCCGUUCAUCCUGAGCGGCUCCCUGUUUCUGCUGGCUGCGGCGGCCACCUUCUCGCGGUUCAUACCGACGGUGAAGGCGCGGUUCGACUACGGCGUGACUAUCUUCAUCCUGACGUUCAGCCUCGUCGCCGUGUCGGGGUACCGCGUCGACCAGCUGCUGGACCUGGCGCAGCAGAGGAUGUCCACCAUCGGCAUCGGCAUCGUCAUCUGCCUCGCCAUCUGCGUGGUCAUCUGGCCGGUGUGGGCCGGCCAGGAGCUGCACCUCCUCACGGUGCGCAACAUGGAGAAGCUCGCCGGCGCCGUGGAGGGCUGCGUGGAGGACUACUUCGCGGCGGCGAAGCCCUCGUCGCAGGCCGCGGGGGGCAGGUCGGAGGGGUACAAGUGCGUGCUCAACUCCAAGGCGUCGGAGGACUCGCAGGCCAACCUCGCGCGGUGGGAGCCCCCGCACGGGCGGUUCGGCUUCCGCCACCCCUACGCCCAGUACGCCAAGGUGGGCGCCGCCAUGCGCCACUGCGCCUACUGCGUCGAGGCGCUCAGCAGCUGCGCCCGCGCCGAGGUCCAGGCGCCCGAGCACGCCAAGCGGAUGCUCGGCGACGUGUGCACGCGGCUGGCGGCGCAGUGCGCGCGGGUGCUCAGGGAGGCCUCCAGCUCCGUCGCCGCGAUGACCGACCCCAAGACGCUGGACUUCGCCGUGGCGGACAUGAACACGGCCGUGCACGAGCUGCAGGUCGACCUGCGCGCCCUCCCGCCCGUCCUGGCCCUGGGGCCGGCCGAGAUGUCGCUGAUGGACGCGAUGCCGCUUUUCACCGUGGCGUCCCUGCUGAUAGAGAUAUCCGCGAGGGUCGAGGGCGUCGUCGACGCCGUCGAGACGCUGGCCACCCUCGCCAACUUCAGGCAGGUGGAGGAUGAUGACGACAAGAAGGGACAGACCGAGAUGAAGGUGCACCCAUUGAACGUGCCGGAUGACGACGCAUCGACGAAAGAAAGCCAAACAACGAAGCACCCUGAACAGGUUUAAAACGUUAAACAUCAAUCAACAAAACCGCUCAUAAUUUAACCAGUGGGGAUGAGUCAGAUCACCGGAAGAACACACGAAGAAGAAAGACGUCAUGAUCGAAUCUAAACUGGUGGAACCACUGGGUCAUAAUCAGCUAUAUUCUCGUAAUUAACAGUACGAUAGCUAUGACCUCGAUGAUUAAUUAGUUAUCGAUUUUCCUUGGAGAGAAGCUUCACAGCUUCGUACCCACGGCUUACAGAACGAAUAAAACCGGCUUACCGUAUACCGUCACAAAAAUCCAGCAUGUAUCGUCGCAUUCGUGAUGCACCUUUGUACAUAUAUUAACAGAACAUUAUUUGAUAUUUUUACAGGAACAUUGCAAAGCAAAGCAAAUCGACUCUGAAUCUCUGAUGCCACCGCUCCUUAAAUGUCAUUGACAC